UUUACAUGGAAAUUAACAGAAAUACUGUACAUUUCAAUAACGUUUGAAUCACUUAGAGUGUGGUGGAAACUUCACAACAAACAAUGGAACAAUCAUGUCCCCGGAUGUAAACAACAUGUAUCCAAACAAUGCAGACUGUGUAUAUCAGAUUACUGUUCCCCCGAUGUACAAAGUGUUCUUCAAAGUCGAGAGGUUGAUUCUACAAGACAAAGGCGAGAACUUCAUCUGUUCAGAUUAUCUGGAGUUGAAGGAGGCUGCGGGUGAUAUAGAUUUAGGGAGGUACUGCGGAGAACUGGACAGGUUCAGCGUAUUAAUGUCCGGGAACACGGCCUGGGUGCGAUUCGUCUCUGACAACAUCACUACGUCACAGGGAUUCACCGUGGUGUGGGACGUCAUAGACUGCACGAAUGAAUACACGAGCACCACUGGGAUGAUCAGUUCUCCGAGUUUUGGUGGUUUAUACCCCUCCAAUGCCAACUGUGUCUAUAACAUCACGUUGCCAGGAUCACAGAAAGUGUUCCUGCAGUUUUCAGUGUUUGAGCUGGAAGACCAGGCUGUGGAGGAUGUUCCAGCAAUGCCGGGGCAGGAUUGCGCCGACCUGUUAGAGGUAUUGGAUUCUUCCGGUCAACUGGUUGCUUCUUGCGGACUUAGGGAUCCUUUCAGUAUUAUUUCCACGGAGAACACAAUGUCCAUUAAAUUUAUGUCAAAUUUUCCCUUCAAUCGUGCAGGGUUCAAGGCGGAAUUCGAAGCCACAGAUGCCUACACCCUGUACAGAGGUUACAAUGGUAUGAUUACACCCCCACUAUACCGAGGAAUGUACGCACACAACACUAACAAGACGUUCACGGUCAUCCGACCCCAGAAUGAACCCAUCUUUCUGACAAUUGUCAAUUUUGAAGUCCAGGAGCCGAACAAUGGUACAUGUGUGGAUUACCUCCAGAUAGGUAUUGACAAAACCUGUGGAGAACAAGACCCUUUGAUGUAUCUAUUCUAUGGAAGUGUUACGUUUAGAUUCGUGUCCGACUUGACCAUAUCAGCUGCAGGUUUCCAAGCUCAUUAUGAUGUUUGCAACACUACCAUCACUGAGGAGUCGGGGGUUCUUCGGUCUCCGGGAUAUCCAGCGAUUGUGUAUGAGAACAUCACCUGCACUCACACUCUUCGACAGACCUACCAAAGGGUGUUCUUUAUUGAUUUCGCAGACUUCAAUCUUCCUCCAAAAGUUAAUGGCAUAUGUGAAAGCUACGUCAAGAUAAAUGACCUACAUUCUGGAGAUAUAGGAAUUACGACAGAGAAUGGGGGCCAUAUGAUGAUGGACACUAUGUUGUGUGGGAAAAGGGCUCCUUUUAACAUUACGAUCAAAGCCAGAGAGAUCAGCAUUACUUAUAAAUCUAUGCUUGGCCGAAACACAUUCGGUUACAAUAUGAACUUCAACAUUACAGACAUACCGACCACUACCAUGAGGACCACUUCUACACAAAUUCCACCAGAAACAACUACAGUGGGAGGUGCGGGACCCGGGACCACCCUCAAUUCAUCUCUAAGUGUGCCAAUCAUCGUUGCCAUUAUCAUCAUUAGUGUCAUGUUGUUGGUAUUUGCUGUUAUCUGCAUCAUCAAAACAAAAAUAUCCAAAAGCAACACAGGGAGCUUAGAAUUGCUUUCAAUGCAUAAGACAAGACAGUCACUUGCUGUAGUUAAUCCCGCCUACGAGUCAGACGAGCUGAACAGAGGAGAAUUCCACUGACUGGCAUUACCAUACCAUAACACAAUCAAGCUGAACGGACAUUGAAGAAUGGGGAAAAAAUUAUCAUGAUGAAUUCAUACGUCAAGCAUGUUGUGAACAUAAUGCUGUAACAUAAACAGUGCGUGUAUUCGCUGGAUAAAGUUGAUGAUGUUCAAGCAUGUCGCUAUAUCCGUGGUAUACGUCACAUCCGCUCCUUCAUAACGACUUACUGUUCACCGUUAUCCUCUUGAUUUUAAUCUCCAUUACAUCAUACUGAUUUAGAUAACCCUUCAAGUGGAUUAUCCAUAGGAUAUUGAUUAUAUAUUGUGUCCUGUGAAUAAUCGUAUUGAAGGGUGAAAGAUGUACAUAGGGCGAGUCGUUUCUCCUGUAUAAUUUGCUUGCCUUAAAGUUCAUAUUGCUGCGUAUGUGAAAAUGACUAGAGUUUCAGUUGAUGUAUGUUUAUCCGGUGAUUGUUCAGAGAAAAUGCUUUGUGAUAUAGUAAUAUUAGUGAGUGGAAAUUCACAUCAAAUCUGAAUCAAAAAUAAAU